GGCCAAGGCAGGGGCGGGGCUUGGAGGAGGAGGAGGAGCCACGUGGCGGCGAGGAGGAGGAGGAGGGCGGAAGAGCAGUGCCCCCCGGCACCUGUUUCUGAGCAAUGUCCUCCAAGGCAAAGAAGCGGGUGGUGCUUCCCACACGCCCGGAGCCUCCCAACACCGACCAGAUCCUGGAGGAUGUCCGGCGGGCCCAACCCAACGAUCCAGUCUUUGUCCUCCUGGCGGAACCCAGUGAAGACUUGCCCGCCCCGGCCAAGAACGAAGACCCUGAGGCCAAGAGGGAGCGCCUCUACCGGCUGACCCAGUCCUACGUGGAGAUGAACCACCGCUUGCAGAAAGCCUGCAGCCUGCUCAAGGAGAAGUGCGAGGAGCUCAAGCUGGCCGGAGCCACCCUGGAGCAGGGCAUAUUGGAGAUGAAGCAGAGGGCCUUGUGAGACCCCCGGAGCCCUCCAGGUGGGAGAGCAGGUGGGAGGCUGGCGUCCGGAGAGCAGUGCCUCUUGGCUGUCAUGUGCUUGAGCUACGGACUUGUGUGACACUUGUACGUUUCUUCCGAACCUCACGCAUGCGUAAGCUACACAUCUCGACGCUGUGUAUGUUUCUUUCCCCCCCCCAUUUUGUGACAAUGUGCCCCAACCCAGCCGCUGCCGUGAGCCUCGCAAAAGCCGAAAGGUCCUAGCCCUGUCUCCCCCCCCCCCGAGAUGCUGGGUUGCGCAGAGAGGCUGCUCCGGUUUUCACCUUCGUGGCGUUUGCUCUCCGUGCCGCACAGGUCCUUGGGGGCUGUGCACCCCUUCUCCCCUUUUUGCAUAGACUUCAAACGAAAUGCCUCAGUUGACAAAAGAAAAGCUGACGUUUCCCAAAGUUUCUCGCCCUCCGGACUCAGACAAGUGAACUCGGCGGGGGGAGGGGGGGCAGCUUCCCGGUUUGGCCAAAGGCUCCGGCAGCGGCUGCGAUGGCCGUGACGUCCCCCGCCUCCUGCAGAUUCCUCUUCGAUUUCUCCCUCUGGUACUGCGUGGAAGACGACCACAUCGCCACCUCCAUCGGCGAGACCCUCACCCAGCAAGGUUUCCGGGGUUAUAUCGAGCACCAGGAUCAAGUGGCGGGGAGGUCUGUCGUCGCUUCGGCGGCCGAGGUGGUGGAAACCAGCCGGGUGGCCAUCGUGCUCCUGACGGCCCGCUCGGUGGCCGACCCGUGGUGCCAGCGUGUGGCAGAGUGGAACCUCCUUCGCACGAUAGAGCAGGAGGGAACCAAAGUCAUCCCGGUGUACGUGGACGUCAGCCGCGACGACGUGCCCUUAGCUUUAAGACACCUGAACGGACUCGACUACGGCAGCGGCUUCUUCCGGGAGAGGCUGGUGCAGAGCGUGCGGAAGGCCAGGCCAUGGAGGAGGGCCCCGUGUCCCGCUGCCGCCACUAACGCUAAGAGCAGAGUCCGCUUCUGACCCCGCUGGGUAGCUGCAUGGCAGGAGGCGUGGGGCGGGUGUGAGCAGGGCGGUUUCAUUUCGGGCCCGGGCCCGAUCGGAAGCGGUUUGUGUUGGAUUUGUUUGGUGUUUUUGACGUAGGUCUCCAUUGUGACAUUGGUCGGUAACUGUGAACAGAUCCCAGUAGAUUUGUGCCUAGAACUGAAUCCAUAAGAAGGUUUGACAGAAACAAACCCAAGGGUGGUUGGUGGGGUGUGUCGGGACAAGGAAAAGGAGGGUUCAUCAUGUGUUAUCUGGUUAGUGGGAGUUUAGCAUCAAGAGAAAAUCCAGGUCCGGAGGCUGCUGAUAAUCAUACGGUUCAUUUAAGGGAGAAUCUUAUUAAAAAGCAGUUUUCGGACAA